AUGGCCCCCGUCGGUCCUCGAGUCUCAAAAGAAGAUUUCAUGCACGCACUAGGCCUGAACCCGCAUGAUCCACAGCAUGAGCAGUAUUACCGCGCUAUGCGAGAUGAGGCUAUCAUGGUCUACAACCGCAUGAAUCAAGACACCUCCCACCUCCUCGACAACGUGCGCGCCGACCCAAACACCCGCCCCCCAUUCUUCUGGCACCACAUCCGCCCUGAUCACCAGCGCUGGGCUAUCAUGGAAAUCUGGCGCAGUGCUGGCCCGCUCACUCGUCCGCUGUUCGAUCGUGGCGUCACGAAUGGCGAGUACGGUCCGAAUUGGGUGGCUGGGUGGCUGUUGUACAGUGUUUUCCGUUCGCGGGAUGUAAGGAAUAAUCGAAAUCGGCGGAAGGGGGAGAGUAGUGGCGUGGCUGAUGAUAGGAGGAUUAGACAGGUUGAGGAGGCACCUAAGAAGGGUUAUUAUGACCCUGUGCGAAAUGGGACACUCUAG